UGAAAUUAUUUUACGAGACGAAUCUAACAAGACCCCACAUGACUAUAUUUUACUUUACGUAUAAAUCAUAAUUUGUGGUCAAACAAGCAUGAUGAAUAGUACAAAAGUCUAGUUGUUGCAAUAUUACUAGAACGGAGAAAGUAUAAUUUUAGUCCAUAGAUAAUAAAAAAAAAAACGGCAUAAAUGUGCAUCAAGUUGUCAAUAAAACCAGCAACAAUGCCCACUUGAUAGUCGAUAUUCAAGCAAUUAAAACAGCAAAUUUUUUCAUACAAAAAGGCUAAGAACAAAGUUUCUUGUAUCAAACACCUUAAAGAAAACAAAAGCAAAGAAGAGAAAAAAUGUGCAUAACUGCAUUUGCUUGGCAAGCACUCUCCCUCCACCCUUUCGUUCUGUUGCUCAACCGAGACGAAGAUCUCAACAGGCCAACAAAGCCACUAGGGUGGUGGGAAGGAGGAGAGAUUCUAGGAGGUCGGGAUGAGAUAGGUGGAGGUACCUGGCUUGCGUGUACUAAAAAGGGAAAGGUAGCCUUCAUUACCAACGUUUUGGAGCUUCAUACUCUUGCUGAUGCAAAAUCCCGAGGAGAGUUACCCGUUCGUUUCCUCAAGUGUAAACAAAGUCCGAGAGAAUAUGCGGAGAUGGUAGCAGAAGAGGCUCACGAAUACAACGGCUUCAACCUGAUAGUAGCUGAUCUUCUCUCGAAAAGCAUGAUUUACAUAACAAACAGACCAAAAGGGGAAUCUGUCAGAAUUCAAGAGGUUCCACCAGGCAUCCAUGUCCUCACAAAUGGCAGGCUGGAUUCUCCAUGGCCAAAGGCAGAGCGUUUGGCACUAAAGUUCAAGAAAUUACUGUACAGAUAUGAUGAGGGUGAAAUUCCGGUCAAAGAUAUGGUUAACAAAGUUAUGAGGGACACAAAAAAAGCUGAUGAAAGCAAGCUGCCUCAUAUUUGCUCACUUGAAUGGGAAUUCAGACUGAGCUCUAUCUUUGUGAAAGCAGAUUCAACCUCGCGAUAUUCAUAUUAUUGCACAAGAAGCACCGCAGCAGUAACAGUGUCAGGAAAGGGAGAAGUAAACUUCUACGAAACAUAUCUGGAGAAAGAAAUGUGGAAAGAGCACAUUAUUAAUUACUGCAUUGAAAAGCCAAAACAUGUAUAAUUCAUGGCAGCACUACCUAGACAGGAGAAAAGAUCCAGAUAUCAUUGUUUAGAUGAUGGUUUAUAAUGACUGAUGCGUAAGAGUAUGAAUAUAUUCUCCUGCAAGAUCAAUUAGAACUUCUGUAGCCUUCAUGCUGAAAUUGUUGAAUGAUUUCUGUUUUUUUUCCUUUCCUUCCCCCGCUGGAGGGUUGUUCCAGCAAUGGCAGCAUAUAUGCUGCAAUUUUCCCUUCUUCUGAGCGAUGUAGUUGGGAUGAUGAUUAGUUCUUCGUUUCUUAUUAAACAAAAAUUUAAAACUUUUGUCUUUGUGUCUAAAAAAAAGGUUGUCAAUUUUCCAUUAGUAUUAUUUCCAGAGACAGGUGCUCUUCUCUCUUUUCUCCCUAGUUUUCCAGGUGCAAAUUUUUUGGUCCAAGAGUCAGUCCAAAGUCCAAAAUGUCAAGUGUCAGUGAAAGAAAACACAACAAAAGCAGCAUUAUAAAAGUUGAUGUCUUGAUCAAAAUCCAGGUACAAAAGGCCAUCAAAAGGCAGGUCAGCACCUUUGGACGAAGUAUUUUAUAUAAUCUAGAUUCUAAAGUAUAGAGGAGAGGAGGCAACAUACUGAAAAGAAAAUGCAUCACUUGCAUGUGUUCAUAACCAAAAGCAAUAAACUAAAUUUAACGUGUUCAUUAGGAGUCUCAACUUUUAAGUCACGUAACCAUCAUAAUUGUCGGGCCAUGACUCGUGUCGCAGACUCGCAAUGACAUGAAUUCAUUCAAUCAUAGUUUAUGCUAUGUGAAUAUGAUUAACACAACAUCAAAAGAUCAGGGGAGUCAUUAUUCAUUGAGCUUAGGUAUGUUUUGUUGUUGAUGGCUCGUCCUAAAAAUCUCCCUUAAUAAUCUAGAGAAGGAAAAGUGAAAGAAAUGGCACAAAAUUAUCAUUAGACAGCCUAGCUAUAUCAUUUAAUAGUUAAGAAUAAAGCCAUUCAUUACUACAAAUAUUAAA